AUUUUUUGUGGGUCAUGGGGGAAAGAGCAGGAGGUAAAUAAAGAGACACGCGCUAAUAAACACGGGUAAAGAUUUACUUUCAAACUCCGUAGCUUCGCUGGAUUCGUAAUGUGCCAGCUAUUUGUUAUUUUGUAAGCAGACAAUUAGGAGAAGAGGAGAGUAGGAAGGUCUAGUCAGCAGUAAGUGGUGGUGAGUAGAACAUUAUGCUAUCAAUCGAAUAAUGGUCUGUCACAUUUUUGUAGCUAACUUGCUAGCAUUUGGUCAUCAACAUACAUUGAAGCAAACAGGUAGCUAGCUAGCCACGUAGUUAGCUUUCAAGCGUUCACUGAAUGUAUUUUGCAAGCUCAACGCUCUCUAACUAAGCAUAGCUAGCCAGUUAAUUAGCUAGUUACACCCACUACACACUAGAUACAUUAGCUAGCUAGCAUACAGUACAUAUAUUGUGUAAAGUCAAUGUUUAACGUUACAGUGCUAGCUGGGAGGACAUUUAUUGAUGUAAUUUGACCAUAUAAAUGGACAAUUGGCUAGGACAUGCCUCCCCUUUGGCUUCUGUGCAUGAACUAUUGACAUGGUGUAGUAGGAUGUGUGCAGUAUAGUAGCUAGUUAGUAUAGUAUAUAGUAGCUAUAGUACCUACUGCCUGUCUGAUGGCAAUGGUUAGUUUUAUGGUGCUCUUUGAAUUCUCAACUGGUGGUUUUCAGGUAAAAGCAUGGCAAAGCUAACCUUCAACUUGAGAAAGCAUCAUACCUUCAUCAUAACAUUUUCAUGCUCUCAUUCUGAACUUGAGAAGCCAACCUAUAUUUUUCUGUAGAGCCAAUAUAGCUACAACAUGCUGUCAUAUAGUGUCAAGUAUGACACAUCACAAGGAAUGCCUACUAAUUGAAUGAAACCCAGACAGAGUCACUUAUUUUGGGGCCGUGCAUAUUCAUUAUGACUGUCUCUUCUAUCCGCAGUAUUGCACAUCACAUGGAGUUGUGUGUGUGUGUGUGAGAGACAAUGUUUAAUAAUAUCUGUUUAUAAUCCUCUUACCAGAGCCCUAAUCGUACAGCAUCUGUUUGGGUCAGCAGAAAGAAAUCCUUAAAUCUUAACCCUACUGUAGCUACUGGACCACCUGUGGACAGGGUACAGUGUUGUCUCCCCUUAUUUUCAGUAAUAUUACCUGCAGUUGUGUGUGGUGCCGUUACUUUUUGUAUGGUGGAAAUGGGCAAUGGCUUAAUUUUUCAGCUCCGGGGCUGACUGUGCAUUAUAGAAAUUGUCAUUAUUGUAUUUGUCUGAGAGGUUUAGUGAAGUUGAGUAGGCCACUAUCUGUGUGCGUCUGUUGGCCUAGAUAGUAGGUCAGCUAUGUGAACAGCAGGUUUGUCUCUCUCUCCGACAUUUCAUUGCAUUGACACACUGUUGUGGGGGAGAGGACUGUGAAUCAGGGAAUAUUACUACAUCUUUGCAGUAGAGGGAGUUACAUUGUCUGCUGGUUGUCACCCUUGAAUGUUUUCUUUCACUUAAAGGGCCAGGUGAGUAGUUAAAGAGUGAGUUAAAGACUGAAAAGCCAGUCGGAAGAGUGAAAGUGAAGUUCUAGGCUAUUCUCAAUCAGUCCUGUUGUGGAGCCAUUCUUUGGCUGCUCGCUACAUUGUUAGUAUCCUUGGAGGGCAUCAACCCUUUGGAAUAGUGUGUGUGUGUGUGUGUGUGUUAAAAGCCAACAGAUAGAUUAGGAGAGGACUAUAAGUCAUUGGGCACCCGGGAUGAGAUUUCAAUUUGGCCUGGCUAGCCCUCUCAUCCUCAAAUAGACCUCCAUAUCUCUCAAACAGCUCUCUCAUGUUGCUUUGAUUAAUGUAAAAGGUUGAAAAGAGAGUGAUGACGCACAUCCAAACACAGCACAGGAGCUGGAGAAAAAGGAUAGCCUAGCUGUAGUAGGAAGGUAAAUGACUGCCAAACAGUGAGUGAACAUCCACAUUUUUUCCCUUAUGUUUUUCUUGAUUCCGGUACACCCUCUUUGUAUUCAAAUGGCUUAUCCUGAGCUAUCUUGCAUGGGACCAUGAAUAGUGUUGGUGCCGGUCUAUCUCUGCUUAAUAGCUCACAUGUGUUGUCUUGUUAGGCACCUCAACGAAUGCAGAAAGAGUCUGGCACCCAGACAGGACCUUGAAUGUGAUAUUAUCAAACAGAGUUAAUUAGAUGUGAAAUGUUUGGAAUGAACAAAUACUUCCAUCCAUCAUCUAAUCGAUAAGUCAAUGUUUUUAUUCACUUCUUCCUCUCUUCAGCUCUAAGGUGGUCUGAUUGGAUACGCCGCUGCCCGCUGUUGCCAUGGCGAUGCGGGAGCUGGUGGAGGGGGAGUGCGGGGGAGCCAAUCCCCUCAUGAAGCUGACGGGUCACAUGACCCAGGAGGGAGGAGCUUGGAGGCACAGGUCAACGCCCACUGUGAGUAGUCACCUGUAGAAAUUACAAUAAGGAAUGUAUGGAAUAUGUACCGUAAUCCAUGUUCUAUGUUUUGUAUUUUGUUAGUUUGUUAUUGACCAUGUUGCAUUGAGUUAUUUUUCCUGGUCAACGGUGGUGCCCAUCCAGGGCUCUAAAUUGGUGCUGCCAACUUUAAAAAAGUUAGGAGCACGACAUGAAAUGUAUGAGCAUCAGAACUUGUUGUGCCCUUUAAAGUAAUAUGUAACACUGUAAAGACAUUUGUUUAUUAUAAAAAUUCAAAAUUAAAUUACAAAGUAAUUUGUGGACUAUUAGGUUUCUUCAUUGUGUAAAAGCACUGUUUUCCUAUUGAGAUGCAUUACAUUGAAAAUGGUACACUUUCUCUUUAAAAACGUCAGGUUUGUGAUUGCUAUGAUCAUUGAUCUCCUGAAAAAGCUAUGCCUUUUCCUUUCUUUCUGUGCCCCCAAAUGUUUGGAUAUACUGGUAAAGUUACCAGGUUGUUAGCUAGCCAAUGAGGUAACAUGAAUGAACAAAGUGUAAACAAAAGGUUAACGACACGCAAGUAGUUUUAGAAUGGCCCACAAGAUGGUACAGUGAGGAGAAAAAAGUAUUUGAUCCCCUGCUGAUUUUGUACGUUUGCCCACUGACAAAGACAUGAUGAGUCUAUAAUUUUAAUGGUAGGUUUAUUUGAACAGUGAGAGACAGAAUAACAACAAACAAAUCCAGAAAAAUGCAUGUCAAAAAUGUUAUAAAUUGAUUUGCAUUUUAAUGAGGGAAAUAAGUAUUUGUCCCCUCUGCAAAACAUGACUUAGUACUUGGUGGCAAAACCCUUGUUGGCAAUCACAGAGGUCAGAUGUUUAUUGUAGUUGGCCACCAGGUUUGCACACAUCUCAGGAGGGAUUUUGUCCCACUCCUCUUUGCAGAUCUUCUCCAAGUCAUUAAGGUUUCGAGGCUGACGUUUGGCAACUCGAACCUUCAGCUCCCUUUACAGAUUUUCUAUGGGAUUAAGGUCUGGAGACUGGCUAGGCCACUCCAGGACCUUAAUGUGCUUCUUCUUGAGGCACUCCUUUGUUGCCUUGGCCGUGUGUUUUGGUCAUUGUCAUGCUGGAAUACCCAAGAUUUGACGGUACAUGGCCCAGUCCAUCGUCCCUUUGAUGCUGUGAAGUUGUCCUGUCCCCUUAGCAGAAAAACACCCCUAAAGCAUAAUGUUUCCACCUCCAUGUUUGAUGGUGGGAAUGGUGUUCUUGGGGUCAUAGGCAGCAUUCCUCCUCCUCCAAACACGGCGAGUUGAGUUGAUGCCAAAGAGCUCGAUUUUGGUCUCAUCUGACCACAACACUUUCACCCAGUUCUCCUCUGAAUCAUUCAGAUGUUCAUUGGCAAACUUCAGACGGGCCUGUAUAUGUGCUUUCUUGAGCAGGGGGACCUUGCGGGCGCUGCAGGAUUUCAGUCCUUCACGGCGUAGUGUGUUACCAAUUGUUUUCUUGGUGACUAUGGUCCCAGCUGCCUUGAGAUCAUUGACAAGAUCCUCCUGUGUAGUUCUGGGCUGAUUCCUCACCGUUCUCAUGAUCAUUGCAACUCCACGAGGUGAGAUCUUGCAUGGAGCCCCAGGCAGAGGGAGUUUGACAGUUCUUUUGUGUUUCUUACAUUUGUGAAUAAUCGCACCAACUGUUGUCACCUUCUCACCAAGCUACUUGGCGAUGGUCUUGUAGCCCAUUCCAGCCUUGUGUAGGUCUACAAUCUUGUCCCUGACAUCCUUGGAGAGCUCUUUGGUCUUGGCCAUGGUGGAGAGUUUGGAAUCUGAUUGAUUGAUUGCUUCUGUGGACAGGUGUCUUUUAUACAGGUAACAAGCUGAGAUUAGGAGAGGGGUCAAAUACUUAUUUCCCUCAUUAAAAUGCAAAUCAAUUUAUUACAUUUUUGACAUGCGUUUUUCUGGAUUUCGUUGUUGUUAUUCUGUCUCUCACUGUUCAAAUAAACCUACCAUUAAAAUUAUAGACUGAUCAUGUCUUUGUCAGUGGGCAAACGUAGAAAAUCAGCAGGGGAUGAAAUACUUUUUUCCCUCACUGUAUAUGAAUGUAAAAUGUGGUCCCGGUGAUCCGCUAUAGGAAGAUACAAAUUUUACACCUGUAAUAUGGGUCAGAUCUUUUGACUUGGUUGGGAGCACAAUGCGACUCGGAAACAACAGUACAGCGAAGCCUUAUUACAAGAUCUAUUAUCUGGGAGAUUUUUUUCCUAGUCGCAUUGUGCUCCCAACAUAAAACUCCUGGUCGCACAGAAAAACGUUGUCGCACUUUAGAGCCCUGGGCCCAUCUACCCAUACUUGAACAAGUUCAUACAUCAUAGUUAGUUUGCAGCAUACAACUUAGACGAGAUACUACAACUUAGUUGUACUAUAGCUUUCACAAAUAUAUCUCACAGUAUCACUUUCAUCCCUCUUUCUCCUAGAUUCCCCCUACACCCAUUGAAAUAGCAACAGAAGAAGAGGUCUGUGCUCAUAUUACCUUCCCAGUCCUAUUGAUUCGAACUGUUGUGCUUUGUCUGCAUAUUCUAAAAAAGGAAUAUGAAAACACGUUUCAUUCAUGUGAGGUUUGUUAAUCAUAAUUGAAUAGGCUAGCGUUUGAUGUCCUGUUCUGCAUGUGUGUGUCCCAGUUGGUGAAUGAGUUCAUGCAGCAGGCGCCUCCACGGCCCCCUCACAGCUUUGACAUGGGCCAGUUACUGGAGGAAAUGCAGCAGAUCGAUCAGCAGAGCUACAGACAGGCUCCACAGAGAGGUACACACACAGCAGUAAUAGAAUACCUUAUUAUACUCUCCAACGCAGCAAAAGCAACACCAUUAUAGAUUUGCAGUGUGCCUGCCCAGCUGCAUGGCAGCACUUCCAUAUUGUUACCCCACAGGCCUUGGAACAUAUGUUGACACUUCAAGACACCCUUUAUUACAUUUUCCUCUAUCUGCCAUCCAAGUACUCGCACUGAAAAACACACUUUUUUGCCAAUGUGUGAAGAAAACAACACCCUUUCCCUCCUGUCUUGUCCGUAGCUCCGGGUGUAGCCGCAUUGGCCCUGUCUGGUGAUUGGACGUCUGAGUUUCUGUCGGGAGCGGAUGCCGCCGCCGCCUCAUCUGGGCAGGCGGGACUUGGAGACCCAGCCGACGCUGAUUGGACCAGAGAGUUCAUCACUGAUGGCACAGGUACAUUUUUGGAAUGUCAAUGGUAGGCAUAAUUGCCAACCGUUUGUUUGAAUGUACUUAGUGGCCACUACUUCUAACAAGUAGAGAAAUAAUCUGUAUCUUACUCUCUUUCCCUUUCUCCCCUCUUUCUCUUCUCUCUUUCUCUCUUCUCUGUCUCUCUCUCUCAGAUCCCGGGCGUUGGGCAGAGGAGUAUCUGGAGCAGUCAGAGGAGAAGCUAUGGCUCGGAGACCUGGGCGAGAGGGAGCAGGAAUGGUAAUAAUGGAGAGACAGAGAAAAAGAGGAGAGCAAGGGACAUGUAGAUAGAUACAGUGAAAUUCUGAGAAACCUUGAGAAUGUUCCAGAGAAGAUGGUGCCAUUGUGAUGUUGAGCCGCUAAGCGUGUCUUACAAUUCUUGAUGUUGUCCUCUCAGAACUCUGUGUUAUUGCGUUCGCUUUGUGGUAGUGAAUAGAAGUCAUUGCGUAACUCGAAGUCAAGAAAGAAAAUGAAAGCCAGUAAAUCCUGCACACAGGCUUUUAGUUUGUGUAUUUAAUGCGUUGACCCCAUAAGUAGCAGUCAUUUAAUUAGGUAUUCAAAAGUGCUUUUUGAUUCCAUCCUUAGUGGAUAUGUAUUGUGAAAAGAGACAAUACAUUUCAAUUACAAUAUAUUUACAAGGACACAGUGUGAUUAUGUAAAAAUUACAUGGUCUCUUUAACCCACUUGUUCUUUAAAAUGAUCACUGUUUGACACUCGGUAAGCUGUUUAAAUUAACCCUUUGAUGUUAAUGUUUGUCAAUCCAAUAGGACGAAAGAGUACCUACCAGGAGACGAACUGAAGCAAACAGCCAAUGAGCUGGUCGCAAAGGUCGAUGACCCCAAGUUACAGAACACUGAGGUGUGUGUUUGUGUGUGUGUUUCCGUGUCGCGUGUGUUUCAUACCUUUUUUUCUACAUAUUUAUCACCAUACCCUUUCCCCAUUCUUUGUCCAUAGAAGUAAUGUAGCUUUGUAAUAACAGGAUCAUUGUAGUUGUAGCCGUUUCUUUUGAGUUGUGAGACUCUUCUUUGUAGUCAAUUAGACAUCAAAAUGUUUCUUGGGAAAGCAUUUUGCUGUGAUGGACCGUAGUACCAUGGUGACUUUAGAACUGUUUGUGUGGUAUUCCAAUUCCUCUGUCAUUAUUUUGGAUUUGGCUAAAGCACAAAUGGAUCUGAUGACCAAUUUAGGUCCAUAAGCCAUAAUGGAUAUUGUGUUGUUGUUGUUGUGUUGCACUGUAGUUCCUGCGGUUCAUUAGGCAGAUUGGCGAGGGCAGUGUCACAGUGGAGGACAGAGCAGGCAAACAGCACACAGAUAGAGCUCAGGCCAAGGAGGCUCAGAACUGGGCCUCCAACCUCAACCAGGUAGGAGCCAACUCCCAAUGAGGACACAAGGGGAAGGGUGCAACUGUCAACCUACAGGGAGCCAUCUUGGCUCAAGCUUCCUCAUUUUGACCCCCCAUAUCCCAGUAUUCGGUGCAGACUCCUGCAACUGUUACUAACUACAUAACCAAGUGAUGGCCAUUAACUUUUCUGUAUGUGAGCCUUGCACUAGGCUGUGCAAUGUAUAAUUUGGAAAUGGUAUAUGUAGAAAUAAUUUAUUGUGGAAAAGAGAGCCUUGUCCUUUCUAUACAUGCAAUUUCUAUCUGCCAACUUCUACCAAUUAAAAUCAUCAUAGCUGUUCCUGUCUUGAAUCAGACUUCUAGUUCCCCUUGUCAAGUGAAGUCAUGUUUUUAACAGGGUUGGGGCAAAUCAUUUUUCAAUUCAGGUAGGGGAUUUAAAUAUAUAUAUUUUUUUUAUUCAUUAUUAUGAGUUGAAUUCCAAGUCACUUCCUGAAUUAGACCCCAGCCCUGGUGUUUACCCUUGAGUAUGUAGUCAUAGGAGUUCUCAUGGUUGCCCUUUUAACUGUGACAUCUACUUUUGACCCUGCUGUGAACUCUUGGCUUUCCCCUCCUUUGAUUAACAACCCCCAUUCAUUUGUACCAAAUUAAAACACCUCCGUCCUCACCCCUCCCAAAACAAAAAACCCACCCCCAACGCCUCACACCUGCCACAAAACAAUCACACCUGCCACAAAACAAUCCCGCCUCCCCCAUUCUCUGCUCCCUGGUUACCAUAGUUCCUGGAGGAGUCUGGGGGAGGGACUCUACCCUUGACAACCCAAGAGUGGGAUCAGAAGAUUGCCAAAGCUAAGGCUAAACAGGCACAUCAAUGGGCUACUGUCGUCAGACAGGUAGGACCCCUGACGCCAUGGCAACACUGCCCAGUGGCUCCGCAACCGGCUUUCUGCCAAGAAAGUAGCGUUGAGCUGAUUAUGUUUUUCAUCAGCCUUUUUUGCAGUAGUUGGAUGGCCGUUUUUAGUGGCAGAAUUUUUUCUCCCCCUGUAGGUUUUCCCGUAGUCACUUUGCACUUUGUAUAAACCCAAGGAAGAUACAACGCGCGUAAGCAAAUAGUUUUCGCUGAUUCAACUUGCAUUAAGAUUACAGCAAUUACUUUAGAAAAGUGGUAAAGAUGCCCUGCACUAGAGGUUUGUAGAUUGUAGGGGAGAAAGGGAGUGGGAGAAUGGGUGUGGUUCUCUGAUGUGUUUUGCUUCUUCCCAUUCCUUUAUCUUGUCUUCCUCUCAUCCCUCUUCCCCAUCUUUUUCUGCUGCCACAACCUCAACGUCCCACUUUAAGUGUUGUGAUAGAGGUACGGAUAACUUGGUGUCCACGUCUGCCAUUGCUACCUCUUCCUUCCUUCCUGUUCAGGUCUCAGUGGAGUCAGCGGAAUCCUGGGUAGAUGAGUUUGCCACAGCAGGUCCAGAUUUCCAGCAAGCUAAAGCUGCUGUGGAGGUAAGCGAGAGACACCAGGGCGAUACGAGUUAAUACAGAACAAUAAAAUAGGAAAGAUAACAGAAUAAUUAUUUUUAUCAUCUUCCAAAUUGUAUCUCAAGAAUAAUUCCAGCCUAUGCCCAAACAUACUAUACUGAACAAGCAUAUAAACGCAACAUGCAACAAUUCCAAAGAUUUUACUGAAUUACAGUUCAUAUAAUGAAAUCAGUCAAUUGAAAUACAUUCACUAUGCCCUAAUCUAUGGAUUUCACAUCACUGGGCAAGGGCGCAGCCAUGGAUGGGCCUUGGAGGGCAUAGGCCCACCCACUGGGGAGCCAGGCCCAGCCAAUCAGAAUGAGUUUUUCCCCACAAAAGGGCUUUCUUACAGACAGAAAUACUCCUCAGCACCCCUCAGACGAUCCUGCAGUUGAAGAAGCUGGAUGUAGAGGUCCUGGGUUGGCGUGGUUACACGUGGUCUGUGGUUGUGAGGCUGGUUGGAUGUACUGCCAAAUUUGACGAAAAUGACAUUUGAGGCGGCUUAUGGUAGAGAAAUGGACAUUCAAUUAUCUGGCAACAGCUCUGGUGGACAUUCCUGCAGUCAGUAAGCCAAUUGCUGUUGUAUGACAAAACUGCACAUUUUAGAGUGGCCUUUUAUUGUCCCCAGCACAAGGUGCACCUGUGUAAUGAUCAUGCUGUUUAAUCAGCUUCUUGAAAUGCCACACCUGUCAGAUGGAUGGCGUAUCUUGGCAAAGGAGGGAGAAAUGCUCACUAACAUUGAAGUAAAGAAAUUUGUGCACAAACUUUGAGAGAAAUAAGCUUUUUGUGCGUAUGGAACAUUUCUGGGAUCUUUUAUUUCAGCUCAUGAAACAUGGGACCAGCACUUUACAUGUUGCGUUUAUAUUUUUGUUCAGUAUAUAUUAAGCUCUUUACAUAUACUAUAUUGCACUAAUAUGCCAUUGCACAUUUUCACUUCCGGUAAUUACCAUGUAUCAUUAGCUUAAAGUACACUGUAUAUAGAACCUUUAUCCAAGUUCACAUUGGCCCUUGGGCGUCCCCUAAAAAUAGUGGUUUGGACUAAUGUUAGGGGGAUUCCCACAGCAACUUUAUGAUGGUGAUGCCCAGAUUUCUUAGGGCAGUGACCUGCCCAGCACCCCCAUAAUUUGACCCCUGACUUUGACAUUGUGAUUGUUCCUCUGUGUCAGAGCGACGUGGACUUCUGGGAGAAGCUGCAGCAGGAAUGGGAGGAGAUGGCGAAGAGAGACGCAGAGAGUCAUCCCUGGCUCUCCGACUUUGACCAGAUGCUCAGCAGCUCCUACGACAAGGUACCUGACCUAGCUUCCUAUCCACCUGUGUAAGUGGUGUUGGAGGGCCAGUAGCAGGCACUCUUUCCUCUGGUCUAAAAAAAUAUCCCAAUGCCCCAGGGCGGUGAUUGGGGACAUUGCUCUGUGUAGGGUGCCGUCUUUCGGAUGGGAUGUUUAACGGGUGUUCUGACUCUCUGUGCUCACUUAAGGUCCCAUGGCACUUAUCCUAAGAGUAGGGGUGUUAACCCCGGUGUCCUGGCUAAAUUCCCAAUUUGGCCCUCAUAUCAUCAUGUCCACCUAAUCAUUCCCAGCUUCCAAUUGGCUCAUUAAUCCCCCUUCCUCUCCCCUGUAACUAUUCCCCAGGUUGUUGCUGUAAAUGAGAAUGUGUUCUCAGUCAACUUACCUGGUAAAAUAAGUUUUUAUAAAAAAGGGCCCGUAUUCACAGUCUCAUUAGGAGUGCUGAUUAAGGAUCAGUUUUGCCUUUCAGAUCACAAUUAAUAAGAUCAGCAUUCCUACCUGUCCAGGCUAGAAAUCUGCCUUGUCUGCUAAGUUGCUGUUCAUGAUUUAACUUGCGCUCUCUCUCUCUCUAUUUCUCUUUCCAUUUCUUUCUCAUUCCCUCCCUCGCUCUCUCACCCCCUCCCUCCAGGGGUACCAGUUUGAGGAUGACAACCCGUACCUGUCCCACCAGGACCCCCUGGCUGAGGGGGUGAGGAGGAUGGAGGCAGGGGACAUCCCUGGGGCCGUGCGUCUGUUUGAGAGUGCCGUACAGCGAGAACCAGACAACCAACUGGUGAGACGCUCAUUAAUAACUCAUUAAUAACUGAUAUAAUAAUAUCUCAAGGUGAAAUUAUUUCUGGCUAACAAGUGCUGGCGACUAAGGGGGUUCUUUCUUACCCUGCUAGCAUUAGGUGGGUGAAGAGAUAAAGAGAACUAAGCACUCACACACUUUUUUUCCCGCUUCUUUUUUUUAGGCAUGGCAAUAUCUGGGAACCUGUCAGGCAGAGAACGAACAAGAGUUUGCAGCCAUCAGUGCCCUCCGCAGGUAAAGAGAUAGAAUAGCAGCCUCACUGACUGGAGAGAAGUCCCUGGUUAUGUCCCAAGUGGCACCCUAUUCCCUAUAUAGGGCACCCAUAGGGCUCUGGUCAAAAGUAGUGCACUAUAUAGAGCAGGGGUGUCAAACUCAUUUUGACCCGGGGGUCACAUUCUGUCUUCAACAAGGUCCGGAGGGCCGGACUGAAAAUGUGUUCUUUCCUUGCUGUCAAUAAAUGGUCCUUUGUUAACCUCUAUGGGAUUGGUGUCCCAUAUAUGGGACGGUUGAGCUAACAUGCGCUAAUUUGAUUAGCAUGACUGUUGUAAGUAACAGCAAACUUUCCAGGACAUAGACAUGUCUUAUAUGGGCAGAAAGCUUACAUUCUUGUUAAUCUAACUGCACUGUCCAAUUUACAGUAGCUAUUACAGUGAAAAAUUACCAUGUUAUUGUUUGAGGAGAGUGCACAGCAACAAAAAACGUGUCACGGCAACUGGUUUGAUACAUUCACCUCUGAAGGGUUCUACAGUUUGAACCCCUGCGGUCUCUUGCUCCACACCCACCCCACCCGGCCAUCUAGAUGUGUGAAAGUUAGUGUAUAAGCUAAUGAUCCAUCAGGUAUGACAUUCCUGGGAGUGUGUAUACUUACACAUUUUGUAUUACCAUGUAAUUUUUGUAUGUUAUGUACUUGAAAAUGUAUCAAUUGACCAAUUUGGCACAUUUGGGCAGACUUGAUACAAAAUAGUCCAGUAUUGCAAUGCUUCACUGGAUCAAUCUGAAACUUUGCACACACACUGGUGCCAUCUAGUGGCCAAAAUCUAAAUUGGGGGGGGGGGGGGGGGAGGAGAACGCAUGUUUUUUUGUUUGUAUUAUCUUUUACCGGCUCUAAUGUGUUAUAUUCUCCUACAUUAAUUUCACAUUUCCACAAACUUCAAAGUGUUUCCUUUCAAAUGGUAUCAAGAAUAUGCAUAUCCUUGCUUCAGGUCCUGAGCUACAGGCAGUUAGAUUUGGGUAUGUAAUUUUAGACAAAAAUUGAAAAAAGGGUCCAAUCUUUAAGAGCUUAAUUGUUUUUUUAUGCUCACUGAUUGUCUAGCUUUUGUUUCGGUGAUUGUUAGCAAGCUGGACAGAGUGAGGAAACUGUAUAAAUGUAGGUCCAUUAUCAACUGAACAAAAAUAUAAACGCAACAUGAAACAAUUUCAACGGUUUUACUGAGUUACAGUUCAUGUGGUCCUCUGUAGCUCAGCUGGUAGAGCACGGCGCUUGUAAUGCCAAGGUAGUGGGUUCGAUGCCCGGGACCACCCAUACACAAAAAAAUGUAUGCAUGCAUGACUGUAAGUCGCUUUGGAUAAAAGCGUCUGCUAAAUGGCGUAUUAUUUAUUAUUAUAUAAGGAAAUCAGUCAUUUGAAAUAAAUUCAUUAGGCCCUAAUCUAUGAAUUUCACAUGACUGGGCAGGUGCGCAGCCAUGGGUGGGCCUGCGAGGGCAUAUGAGCCAGACCAACCCACUGGGGAGCCAGGCCCAGCCAAUCAGAAUUACUUUUUCCCUACAAAAGGGCUUUAUUACAGACAGGAAUACUCCUCAGUUUCAUCAGCUGUCCGGGUCUCAGAGAUCCCGCAGGUGAAGAAGCUGGAUGUGGAGGUCCUGGGCUGGCGUGGUUACACGUUGUCUGCGGUUGUGAGGUCGGUUGCACAUACUGCCAAAUUCUCUAAAACAACAUUAAGGUAUAGAAAUUAACAUUAAAUUCUCUGGCAAAAGCGCUGGUGGACAUUCCUGCAGUCAGCAUGCUAAUUGCACACUCCUUCAACUUGAGACAUCUGUGGUAUUGUUGUGUGAAAAAACUGCACAUUUUAGAGUGGCCUUUUAUUGUCCCCAGCACAACAUGCACCUGUGUAAUGAUCAGUGGUGGAAAAAGGACCCAAUUGUCAUACAAGUAAAGAUACCUUAAUAGAAAAUGACUAAAGUGAAAGUUACCCAGUAAAAUUCUACUUGAAUAAAAGUCUAAAUGUAUUUGGUUUUAAAUAUACUUAAGUAUCAAAGUAAAUGUAAUUGCUAAAAUAUACUUAAGUAUCUAAAGUUAAAGUAUAAAUCAUUUCAAAUUCCUUAUAUUAAGCAAACCACACGGCACCAUUUUCUUGUUUUUUAAAUUUACGGAUAGCAAGGGGCACGCUCCAACACUCAGACAUCAUUUACAAACAAAGCAGGUGUUUAGUGAGUCUACUAGAUCAGAGGCAGUAGCGAUGACCAGGGAUGUUCUCUUGAUAGAUUUGUGAAUUAGACCAUUUUCCUGUCCUGCUAAGCAUUCAAUAUGUAACGAGUACUUUUGGGUGUCAGGGAAAAUAUAUGGAGUAAAAAGUACAUCAUUUUCUUUUGGAAUACAGUAAAGUAAAAGUUGUCAGAUAUAAGUAGUAAAGUACAGAUACCAAAAAAACUACUUAAGUAGUACUUUCAAGUAUUUUCACUUAAGUACUGUACACCACUGGUAAUCAUCAUGCUGUUUAAUCAGCUUCUUGAUAUGCCAUACCUGUCAGGUGGAUGGAUUAUCUUGACAAAGGAGAAAUGCUCACUAACAGGGAUGUAAAGAUAUUUGUGCACAAAAUUUGAGAGAAAUAAGCUUUUUGUGCAUAUGGAAAAUCUUUUAUUUCAGUUCAUGAAACAUGGGACCAACACUUUACAUGCUGCGUUUUGAUUUUUGUUCACCGUUUUGAUUUUUUUUGUCGGUCAUUUUAAAGUAUAUAUUUUUUGUUUUAGUAAAACCACCCAUGGGCCUCAUUGAAUUGGCUUGUAAGUUUGACACCCCUGAAAUAGAGAACAAGGGUGCCUUUUGGGACGUAGCUCCUGUGUGACAUUAAGAGUAUGUCAUGAAGUAUGUACUUAUAUUUUAUUUAUGAAUACAUGUUUUAUGUGUGGCUUGAAUAGAAAGAUGCUAUGAUAAGCAUGAACUUGGGUGGGAAAUGGGAAGUCCUUGAAGUUGCAUGAUGCCUGUGACGACUUGUUGCCGUAGUGUUGGCUGACAUUUUCUUGGGUUCUCUCACCUUUCUCUCUUUCUUCUCUCUCUUGCUCUCUCCUCUUCUCUCGCUGUUAGAUGCAUAGAGUUGAAGAAGGACAACCUGACUGCUCUGAUGGCACUGGCCGUCAGUUUCACCAACGAAUCGCUGCACAGGCAGGCCUGUGAGACCCUUCGCGAUUGGCUGAGGCACAACCCCGCGUACCGGCCAGUCUUGGAGCAGAGUGAACGGGAGCGAGAGAAGGACGGAGAGGCCAGAGAGAGGGAGAGAUUUGGCUCACUGCUGCCAGAGUGAGUGGACCUUUUCAUUGUGUACAAAUGUGGUGUGCAUGUAUAUUCAGCAUAUACUUAUAACUCUUAAUCAAUAUAACACAAAAUGAAAGGCAGAAAGAUGCUAAAUAUGCAAUACAGGAAGUUCUUCUGUAUUUUCGAAUGUUUUAUAAGUUACGAAAACAUGGAUUAUAUCGAUUAGUUACCGGAGUGUAACUCCAGUUCUAUGAGUGGAGCGGAGCCCCAUAGGGGAGCUAUGCUCCUAGUGGUUUACCCUCUGCCCUAGGGCAGAACAGCCUGAAGCAAAAUUAUGCACACACCUGUCAGCCAAUGGGAGCACAGGUGCCCCUAUAUAAAGGGACCCGUUCCCUCAAUCUACCUCCCGAGAUAUUAUCUUCAGCGAGACUAGAGAGGGUCGGCAGGGCCUUAAGUCCUAUGGGGCUCCGCUCCACUCAUAGAACUGGAGUUACACUCCGGUAACUAAUCGUUCUAUAUCGUGGAGCUCCGCCCCAUAGGGGAGCUAUGCUCCUAGUGGUUUAAGGCGGAGCGAAACGCUCCAAAAUGUACUCCCUGCCGAGCCUAACACUUUCCAUAAAAAAAUGAAAAAAGGUCAAGCCCAGCAAUGGCUGCAACCAAUUCCCGCAGUACUGCGACUAAGAAACCCAUCAGGGCGUCACAAUAUACCGCGUCAUCGGUUAUAGACCCGCCCAUCUAGCUCAAUGACAAUGGCAAUGGCUAUUGGGCAGAUCAUCAGAAUAUAAGCCAUGCUAACCUGUACUAGCAGAUAGCCGUGCCUCAAUAUUCUUGAUAGACCGCCUUACUAAUUCAAUGAAUUCCAUAGAAUAGUAGGCAGGGACAAAAAAUAUCAGUCAUACUAAACUGAACCUCAGAUAGAUGACCUCACAUUCUGUCCACUCAAUACAUGUCUCUACCAUACUGACACAGUCAGUCAGGAGACAUGCCGCAAAAUAUGCUUUUCAUCCAAAGCGGACCUGAUAGAGACCUGUCUAUCGUCCUGCUUCUCCUCUCCUCCAUCUCAAGAUUCUCUUUCAGCUGCGCUGAGUACAAUCGAGUUUGAGAGUUCAAAAAGCUUAUUCUUGCCAUAACAAGUUUUCUUCACCAAAGCGGACCUGAUUGGAACCUGUCCAAGGUCCUGCUUCGUCUUCUCUUUCCAUCUCAAAAUCGUCUUUCAGCUCUGCUGAAAGCCGACCGAGCUAAAGAGUUAGAAAACAUGUCCAUCCAAAUAUGUUACUUCUAAUAAAAGCGGAUUUAUGAACAUGGUCACAAUCCUGCUUUUCCUUCUCUGUCUUGCUCAAGGUCUCCCUUCAGCCACACUGAGUACAGACCGAGCCAAAGAGUUAGAAGACAUAUCCAUCAGAUAGAAACGGAUAAAAGGAGACGGUGUCGACCAUGACGCCGCUCUACAAAUAUCCUCUACCUCUGUUCCUCUGAAGAGGGCAGUAGAAGCCGCUAUUCCACGAGUGGAGUGCGCUCUAAUACUCUGAGGCGGUUGUUGCCCCGCCGCCUCGUACGCCGUCUCAAUGCCUUCACAAAGCCAAUGAGACAAUCGCUGUUUUGAAAGUGGUCUACCUAAUGCAGCCGCACCGUGACACACAAACAGCUGAGGCGAUGACCUAACCGCCGCUGUGCGCCUAACGUAACACGCCAAAGCGCGUACUGGGCACAGACAGUGAAGCUUUUCCUCACUCCUUUCCCCAUGGGGAGGGGGAUGAAAAGCCCACAAUUCCACGAUCUGUGAUCUAUAUGCACUGUUAAUAACCUUCGGCACAAAUGCCGGGUUAGGACGUAACACCGCUCUGCUCAGAUCGCCAUUAAUGGCAAGGCAGUCGGGUCUCGUCGACAGUGCACACAAAUCACUGACUCGCUUAGCGGUAGUCAAGGCGAGCAACAGCGCCGUCUUGAUAGACAGCAUCUUGAGGGGUAUUUGAUUCAAUGGCUCGAACGGCGACUUACAUAGUGCUUCGAGAACCAAUGCCAAAUCCCAUUUGGGCAGCGUAGCUCUAGGCCUUGGCCUAAGCCGUUGCGUUCCCAAUAAGAAACGUUUCACUAAUGGAUGACUGAACACGUUUUUCCCGUUAAACCCUUCAUGACCAGCUGAAAUUGCCGCUGCAAACACUCGAAUGGUGGAGGGCGAUUUCUGCUUAUCAAACAUAGACUGCAGGAAUGAGAGCACACUCUCUACCUGACAGCUCAUGGGGUCCACGUUCUGUGUGUCACACCAUCGUGAAAAAACGUUCCAUCUGCUGGUAUACAUCCUAGAAGUGGAACUGGCUCUUGCGCCCUGUAUUGUUCUGAUCACUGCAUCAGACAACCCACGGCGCUUCAACCUGUCCCAUUCAGGAACCAAGCCUUCAGUGGUUGGCCGAUUACGGGCCAUUGCCCUAUCGAGCCUCCCGCCUGAGUCAACGCGUCCCGUCGAUGUGGAAUUGGCCAAGGUGGCGCAAUCAACAUCUGACUCAUCUCCGCAAACCACGGAGCCCCCGGGCGAUCGGGCGCUAUCAGUAUCACUGACAGCUCCUCUGACCUCACCCUGGCUAGCAGUGGGAGAAUGCAAGACAGCGGAGGGAAUGCAUACAGGAGAACUUUCGGCCACGGAUAGUGCGCAAAUGCGUCUCUUCCCAGUGGCGGUUCGUCCUGUUCCCUCAGGGAGAACCAUAGGAGACACUGCGCGUUCACACGUGACGCGAACAGGUCCACCUCGGCUCUCCCGAAUUGUUCCCAAAUUCGUAGAACAAUGUCCGGGUGCAGACACCACUCGUCGUCCCGAGGACCCCCUCUUGACAUGAGGUCUGCCCCUACGUUCAAGUAGCCCGGAAUGUGCGCUGCUCUCAACGAGCGAAGGUGCUUGUGAGCCCACAGCCACAAUUCCACUGCCGCCCGAUGGAGGGCAGGAGACCUGACCCCUCCCUGGCGGUUUAUGUGAGCCACUGUGGUUCGGUUGUCUGACCAAACCAACACAUCGCGACCCCGAAGGGUAGACGCGAAGUGGGUCAGGACCAGUCGAACCGUUUCCAACUCUAGGAGGUUGAUGUGACGACCUGAUUGAGGCCAUGCACCUCCUAUCGCUUGAGACUGACAUGUCCCUCCCCAUCCAGUCAGAGAUGCAUCUGUAAACACUGGAAUGUAGGAUGACACCUUGCCCAUCGGGACUCCGUGCGUGAGAACGCUCGGGUUCCGCCAAUAGUCCAGGUCUGCUCUUAGCGAGAGAGGAACCACCACCAACCGAUGACGUUGACGCACUGGGUCUAGUCUUAGUUGGGCGAACCACCGCUGUGUUCUGCGCAUAUGCAGAAGCCCCAGCGGGACCACAGAGUGGGCUGCCGACAUGAGACCCAAAAGUGACAUGAUCGAUAGCGCCGUUACUGUGUGAUUCGGACGACACUUCCUCAGGGCUAGUAACAAUGCUGCCCUUCGAGGGUCCGAAAUUCGCGCCCUCAUCAUUACAGUGUCUAGCUGUAGUCCCAGGUAGACAAUCUGAUGACUGGGCCAGGGUGCGCUCUUUUUCCAAUUCACAGCGAACCCCAGACGCGUGAGAUGAAUCACUGUCUGUGUCGUGUGCGUGAACGCCAGCUCUGCUGACGGGGCGAGAACCAACAGGUCGUCUAGGUAGGCUAGUAACCUUAUCCCUUGACGACGCAGCGGUUCCAAUGCCGCCUCUACACAUUUGGAAAAUGUUCGAGGUGCCAGGGCGUACCCAAACGGCAUCCUCGUGAACUCGUACGCCACCCCUUGAAAGGCGAACCGCAGAAACUUUCUGUGGCGUGAUUGUAUCGGCACAUGAAAGUACGCGUCCUUUAGGUCUAUGCUUGUACAAAAGUCUCCCUUCUGGACACAUUCCAGUAGACGUUUUGUCGUCAGCAUUCGGAAGGGCCGUUUGGCUAUGCUCUCGUUGAGAAUGCGUAAAUCCAAAAUCGGCCUCACUCCCCCCGUCUUUUUGGGCACUAGGAAAUAGGGCGAAUACAGCCCUUUGUUCCUUUGCUCUCGGGGAACUACUGUGACCGCCUCCUUCGCCAAAAGUUCCGUAAUCUCUGACCUCAGAGCGGCUACUUUGUCUGGCGUUUUCAUCACCGUUUCCACCACUCCCCUGAACGGAGGUGGGGUCCGAUGGAAUUGGAGGGCAUAACCCUUCUCCAACGUCUGUUCUAGCCAGCGUGAGAGGGUACAGCUUCGCUGCCACUGCCAGCAAUGCAGAGAAAGCGGGCGCGCACGAAGCUGUGGUGCGUCCAGUAGGAAGGACCUUUAUUCCUCUAUGGCCCUCGCCGCCGCUAUUCCCCAGCACUGGGUUGGUGGAAUAGCCCAAGGCGGGCCUCCCUCGAAAGGGAGAGGAAACAUCAGCUCGUUCUGGGUGAAUCGGGGGCCUCGAUACGUUAGUUACGACCGUAACUCCAGUAAUCUGGCCCUCCGUGAACGCAGCACGGUUCUGAACUGCGCUGGCUGAGGCAUUGGCCUGAGACAGAGCGCUCUCCCCGGAUAGCAAUUGCGUCAUCAUGUCAUUGUCUGACUGAGACUGCUGCUUGGAAUGAGACUCAUCCAUUACAGAACCCAACAGGGUCUGAAAGGUGUGAUCUCUGACUGGUACCACACGGUGGUGCCACAAUACCUCUUCACUGGUCUUAUGCGGCUGUUCAACGACACACUCAAUGUGUGGUGAGCUGCGCUCAGAGCCAUGGGCAUUGAUACGUUCAGAAUAGACCGGAGGCGUCCAUACCUUGGUUAUACUUGUAACCCUGGUAUUCCCGCUCUCCGUGAACGUCGCACGGGUCUGAUCUGCGCCGGCUGAGGCAUUAGCCUGCAGCCAGGCGUCAUUCCCGGCUAGCGGCUGCGUCUUCAUGUCGCAUUGGGACAGAGACGGCUGCCUGCUAUGUGAGACCUUUACUACAGAGCUCCUAGGAGUCUGUAGUAAAAUAUCUUUAUUAGGUGAGCUAAGGCAGCGCCUUGCUACCUUUCCCCUUUUCCUCUCCUGAGCGCGCUCAGCUACGCACUCUUGGUGGGUUGAGCUACACUCAGGAUGGUGAGGGAAAACCAUAGAACGUGAAGUGUUCUGUACCUUAUGGAAUAAAUGUCCUUCUUUGACAAUGUCAGUGAGAACCAGCUCUUUAUUCACAUAAUCAACAAAAACACCCUCCACGCCCUGAACAGUGGGGUGGGGGGGAACAGUAGGCACAUCUGCGUCACGCGCCGGGCCAUCUCCCGUUCUCUCCCCCUCGCCUCGUCACAGGUGCCGCCUUUUGUGGGAGACCUUCUGGUGCUGCCAGGCUGGUUUGGUGACGACCUCCUUCGCCGGCGGAACCGUCGCUGCCACCGUCGCUGCUGGAGGGGCCGAGCCCGCUCUCCUGCCGCCUGUGGUGGACGACUGUCGCCUGGCCCGUCGCCUCCCUGUAGUUCUACUGGGGGCGUUCGAGGUGGAUGGAAUGGCUGGGGCUCUGCUGGCCUUCAUUGCCAAAGGCAAAUGUCUGGCCAGGUGCUUCCUUUCCUCAUCCAAUUUGGCGAUUCGCUCGGUCGCGUCUUUUACAGCAAGGCCAAAUAGGCCCUCGCUGGAGACGGGGGCGUUGAGGAGUGAGGCUCUGUCGACUUCCUUCAUGGCUGUCAUUGACAGCCAUAGGUGCCGCUCAGUGACCACCGAGGUGGCCAUGGUCCUGCCCGCGCAUAUGGCCACUGCCUGCGUCAGGUGGAGGAUGGCUCCGGAAAUCCUGGAGGCCUCCUCUACUUCCUCGCUGGUCAGCUCAGACCUUCCCGUUGUGAGACGGGAUAGGGAGGCCGCGAGGAGGGCGAUGUUGUUCGCCGCUGCUACGCUCUGGGCUCCCAGCGUGAAGGAUUUCUCAGCUAAUUGUGCUGUGAACCUGUCCUUCUGUGCUGGCAGGGUGGCCUUCUUGGAGGCUGCCCAGGGACUCGAACCUGGCACCAAGAACGCCGUCAUGGCGCCUUCGAGCCUAGGGAUUCCCCUAGCUGCCCACUCAUAACCAGCCACUCUGGUGAAUGGAGCAUACGCUCUGGCCGGCGAACGCGCCGCCAGAGGUGCUCCCCACGAACCCUCGACAUAUUUGCCAAGAGAGGGCAUGGCUGGAGCCAUUGGCUCAGCUGCUCUCCUCGGCUUGGAGUAGGGGCCGCCCUCCAUCAGGUCCACCUCCACUGGGAGGGGAGCUGGGGGCAGCGCAAUCUCCAGUCGAAUGGCUGCCUUCUCAAUGAGUUCGGGAAAGUCCGAACGCAGAGAGGCUGCCGCGAAGGACAGGGCUUCUGACCUAACAGAGCCCAUGUCGUCAUCGCACAAAGAACCUUCGGACCUCACGCUCUCCGCUGGAAAGGGGGUUUUGAAGGCUGGUGCCAUAGCCCUGGAUUGUCCCACUGGGAUAUCCAUCUCGGCGCCUUCUUUGUCAUCCUCUGACCCAGCACUGUCCGACGAUGCCUCUGAAGCAGAGGCGAGUGUGGACAAUACGUCGUCGAGAGGGACAUCCUCCUUAAAAAACGCCCAGCGCUGCUUUCUCUCCUUCAUAGGAAGGAGAGCGCAGGAGGCGCAAUUAGGAGGGUUGCCGAGACCAUCCUUGGCAUGCUGCGGCCCCAAACACACGAAACAAAGGUCGUGGGGGUCCGUGGUUGCCAUGGAGGUGCACCGGCACAGAGCCCUGAAAAGGGCUUUUGGGGGUGGGAAAUUCCCUGGUGUGCUCAUUAUAUGGAAGACGUUGACGGCUGGAUGUCAACGACGAAAUUCUUCCUGAGUCUUCUUGUGGCUUCUUCAAUUCUAGUCCAGUCGCUGAAGAUAAUGGGAGGUAGAUUGAGGGAACGGGUCCCUUUAUAUAGGGGCACCUGUGCUCCCAUUGGCUGACAGGUGUGUGCAUAAUUUUGCUUCAGGCUGUUCUGCCCUAGGGCAGAGGGUAAACCACUAGGAGCAUAGCUCCCCUAUGGGGCGGAGCUCCACGAUAUAGAACUGUUGAUUUAACAAUUGUAAAAUUUUAAGCCAUCUCCCUCCUUCUUUUUCCCAUUUCUGUGCCUCCCUCCUUCCUCCCCCACUCUCAGAUCUUUGUUUACAGAGGUGCAGUCCCUGUUCCUCAGUGCGGCGAACUCUGACCCCGCCCGCGUCGACCCCCAGCUACAGUGUGGCCUGGGAGUCCUCUUCAAUCUGAGCGGGGAGUAUGACAAGGCCGUGGACUGUUUCACUGCAGCCCUCUCUGUCACACCACAGGUACACUAGUAGGUUAUCCACUUCAGAGCAGUAACUCUUACCAAUCUGUGGUUCAUGUGUGUGGAGAAUAAACACACUUGAUUAUAAUUUGCUUAACUUUAUACUGUUUAAAUAAAAUGGAUGAAUUCAAAGGUGUUCGAAUACAUGCAUCCUUCCUUGCUUACUUCCUUGAAGUAAUUUCUGAUCUGUAUGCUACCAUUACCUGAAAGCAAUUGGGGCCACGUCAUUGUAAAAAAUAAUUGUGAGCAACCUUUUAUUUUGUUUUCAGAGGGGGGGUUAUAGGUACAAAAACAAUCAAAGAAAUGCAUACAAAGAUAACCCCAAACCAUCUUAAAGCCAACAUUUGUUUCGCAGCAGUGCUGCCUGCCAGCAGUAAUCUUCUCUGAUUGAUUGAGAUAUUCAAGGGGCUAUAAUCGUUAAGUAACAUAAUAGAUGCAAAGCGUAGAAUAUUUUUAUUAAUGCACUUCGAAAUGAAUAUUUUUACUUUGCCCCAGAAGCAUUUAACUGCAGCGCACUCCCACAUCAUAUGGAAUGUGCCAACCUGAUUUAGGGAACAUUGAACAGUUGGGGCCAAUUUCAUCGUAAAAAUGUCUCCUUGGUGUUAAAUACAGUCUGAACAAACUUAAAAUGUAUAAAUUCAUAGUUCGAAUUAUGGGAUGCCAAGGACAUAUUUUUCCAUAUUCUGUUCCAGUUAAAGGGUUGUUCAGAUUCAAUUAGAUCUGUGGACCAUACCUCAUUGUUUUAAUCAUAGACUGUCAAAUACUUAAAGGAAGGAAGGAGACGGGAAAUGCAUUCCAACAGGGUCUGCUACUUUCCUCCUCUUCAAACAGUAUGUCUAACCACACCCUUCCCCCUUUUUUAACUUUCUUUCCCUAUUCAAACUGAAACUACCCCUCCCUAGUCACAUGUAGCAUUUACCCUCCUCUGCUUCUGUGAUUGUCCUUCCUUAUUCACAGACACUAACUACCCCCUCUUGAACUACUUUACUCAGCUCACCUUUUGUGUCAAUGAACUGAUUUAUUCGCUCUCUCUUUCUCACACUCUUUCUCUUUCUCACUCUUGUCUUUACCGCUGUGGUGUUGAGGCUGUGGUGGGAGUCUGAGGUGGGCUGUUCUGCUCUCUUCUUUGGGGGAAUGGCCAGCUCUCUCAUGUCACACCUCAGCUUUCUCACUUCCUCCGUCUGUGCUGUUUCUCGAUCUCCUGCCGGAGUUUUCUUACCACAGUGCAGACAAGUCAUCCAGACAGCCGUCUCUCUCCUCCUUCAGCUCUCUGGGUCUUGUUGAGGGGGUAUUGUUGUGCUGGUCUUUGCUGUCUCGAGUGUUCUCAACAGCUCCUUGAGCUGCGCCAGAUUUAGCUCCAGCUGGUGCAUUUCUCCCUCAUAUCAAUGCAGGAGCAGUGCAUUUGUGGAUCCUGGGUUUGCUCAGGGCUAGGGGAGUGACACUCCUCUUGGGGCUGCUCGUCUAUGGGGUGGGAGUGUGGUCCAAGGGGGAGCUUCUUAUGCUGUGCUCUCUCUGAUCUUGUAGAAGUCCUGCUGAAACCGGUUUGAGGCUGCCCUGCACCAAUACUGUUCCAGAUCUGUACAGGUUGACAUAACCUUUGUCAGUGUCAGUGUCUUCGUUGUCCAUUAUUCUUAGUUUCCACCCUUUGCUCAUACCCUCUUUCUUAACAGAAGGAUAGUGUGCUCUUAUAGCACUGUGCCAUGCAAGGGGAUGGUCUGUGAGGAAAAUUAAGUGUAUGAUCCCCGCUUUGUAAGAGUCAGCAAAUAGUGUCUCCUGAUUGUCCUUAAGCUUCUGUUUGUACUGUUUCCGUGCAUUCUCAUGUUUAAUUUCCAGAGGGUACUGUAUUGGGCCUCCUGUAGCUCAGUUGGUAGAGCAUGGUGCUUGCAACGCCAGGGUUGUGGGUUCGAUUCCCAUGGGGGGCCAGUAUGAAAAAUGUAUGCACUCACUAACUGUAAGUCGCUCUGGAUAAGAGUGUCUGCUAAAUGACUAAAAUGUAAAAUGUAUUGUGAUUGCCUCUGCACAGAGGUGGGGGAAACUGUGAUGGUCUGAUGCCAUUGUUGGAUUCAAGGGCUUUCACACCUCUCACUUCACACCACAGUGUGCAAAUGCCGUUGCAGCCUGGACGUCUGUCCUGAGUCUGUAUAGUAAGAUAUCUAGAGAUUACUAUAAUGUAUUUUACUUCUUGGUUUAGAAGUAGCUUCAGACUGAACAUCUACUCACUCAGUUGCAGGUUGGGUGGUAUUUUCAGGUUUCUCCGGAGCUCCUUCUGCUGAUUGUUGGUUUGCUAGAAAGUUUGCUGGAUAGUCCUUGGCAGGAAGUAAUUUUUUCCAAAAUCAAGGUUGUAUGUUUGAAUUUUUCAAUUUGGAGUGAAGGUUUCUGUAUAAGUCCUUGUGGAAAAAAUCAAAAUAUAUCCAACUCUAAUUCAAAUUGUUAGCAAAAAAUUCAGGCGCUCAUGACCUCUGUCUGUCUCCCUCUCUCUCUCAGGACUAUCUGCUAUGGAAUAAACUGGGCGCCACCCUGGCCAAUGGAAGCCGCUCAGAGGAGGCUGUUGCCGCCUACAGGAGGGCGCUGGAACUGCAGCCAGGCUUCAUCCGCAGUCGGUACAACCUGGGAAUCAGCUGUGUCAACCUAGGAGCCCACAGGUGAGAGGGAGAGCCUUUUGUGGCCAGAGAUGCAACAUUUUGUAAGAACAAAAUUCACACAAGUUUUUUUUUUUUUAUAUAUAAUGUUUGAUCCAAACCACUUGAAACACUGCACUUUCUUAUGUACGUCAAAGGUAAUUUUGACUUUACAUUUACAUUUUAGUCAUUUAGCAGACACUAACUUACAGUUAGUGAGUGCAUACAUUUUCAUACUGGCCCCCCAUGGGAAACGAACCCACAACCCUGGCGUUGCAUGUGCCAUGCUCUACCAACUGAGCUACAGGGGACCUUUACAUAACGUAUUGACUUUAUUCACAAUAUAAUAAUACAAAUCUUUUGGAUGCACCACAAUGACACUUCCAAGUUAACCCCUAUUCUCUUCCUGGUUCACAGAGAGGCCGUGGAGCACUUCCUGGAAGCCCUGUCCCUGCAGCGGCAGGCGUCGGGUGAGACGGUCGGUGCAAGCCGGGGCCCGGGGGGCGCGGCAGCCACCAUGAUGUCCGACAACAUCUGGUCCACCCUGCGCAUGGCCUUAAGCAUGAUGGGAGAGAGCUCGCUAUACGCGGCGGCCGACCGGCGAGACCUCGACACGCUGCUCUCCCACUUCUGUCAGAGGGAGGGGGAAGCGGUGGGGGAAUGAAGGCG